AUGUCGGCGUCCAACCCCUCGCAUCUGCUCAUCUCGCGCAACCCGCGGUCGCCCGCGCACCCCCAGCUGGCUCCCACGACAUCGACGUCCGUCGUCAGCCCGGGGCCAGGCUCGCAUCUCUUCACGUUUCCGCAGUCUACUUCGCCCGAGCCGGGGCCAAGCAGCGCGCCGUUCCAGCCGCACUUCCCGCACCAGCGGUCGCAGAGCACGCCGGCGCUAUCGAGCACGCUAGACUCGCCGCUCCUCGUCGACGAUGAGUCUGACGCCGAAGCCGAGGACGACGACGAUAUCGAGAUCCACCCCACCUUCCGCCCCGACUCGGCGCUGCCUGGCCGCGUCAAGGUGGUGGUAGGCCGCCAUACGUUCUGGUGUCACAAGGAGGUGCUGUGGUUCUCGAGCCCGUUCUUCAACGCUCUGCUCCAAGGAAGCUGGGCCGAAACGCGGGGAACGUCGGGCGAAGAAGCGCAGCCGCCCUCGUCACCAACCGAUACGGAUCUCGCGCACACGGACAUUGAUGGCGGUCGGCGCAGCCGCUCCGAGGGGCAUGCGACCGAGCAGGAGGAGCCGGCAGCCAUCCUCGAGCCGGCGCCCAAGCCAGCAGCCGGGCCAAGUAGCUCGGCUAUCCUCCCCGAGCGUGAGACGGCAGCAAGCGACAGCGGACACAAGUCGCACAAGUCGAGCGUGUACCUCGAUGCGCUGGACGACGGGCCGUCAGUGGCCGACAUUCUGCGCGAGCUGCGCGAGAUGCCAGAUCCGAGGACUGUGACCACGCCGCUGGAGGCGCUCCUGGACCGAGAUCGACAGUCGCCGCUCACGCGACCCAGUUCGUCGCCUCUCAUCCCGCUGGGAUCUUCGUCGGUCCCCACGAGCCCCAUGGCACAGCCGCGCCGCAGCACCGAGUCGCAGUCUCCGCUGAGCAGCAGCCUGCCCCGCUCGUCGGCGCUGCUUCCCCCGCCGCUGUCGUCCCCGCCCCUCGCCCUCCAGCCGGGCCACACGCUCCCCGCUCCCCCGGCCGUUACGACCGCAUUAGCGCGUCGCCGCGGCCCGAGCAGUAGCUAUCCUGAGCAGUCGGCUGUCCUCGCCUGGCCAGGCUCAAAGCACCACGUCGGCCUCGACAAGGUCGACGCGGUUGUCGAGCUACAUGAGAGCCCGUCAGCAUUCCAGGACUUUCUCUUCUGGGCCUACCCCCAUCUCGAGUGCAAGGUGACGUGGACCAAUGUCGAGGGGCUCCUCGCACUCUCGUCCAAGCUCCUGGUGCCGGCGCUGCAGAAACUGUGCGAGCACUUCCUGAUGACUCACGCGUCUGGCCGGCCAAUCGUAGCGCUAUCACUGGCCGAGCUGCACGGCAAUGCCGAGCUCUUCCGCGAGGCGAGCCGCUUCGUUCUCGACCAGGCGACGUGGGACCCCGCCGAGCUCGAGAGCCUGUCAGAGCAGACGCAGCUCAAGCUCUCCAAGCGCCGCACGUGGUUCCUCGAGCGCCUCCUCAAGCUCGGUAGCAUCGACGUCAAGAAGGAGUACACGUGCCGCCCCGACUGCCCCGACGCGUCGCGCUGCUCGUCCCAGCUCGACGAGAAGUGGAGACAAGCUCACCAGGCCGUGUCCCGCUACGGCCCACCACAGCCCUCGGUCGCCUUCCGCUGCCUCCGCCAACUGGAAACCUUCCCCACCAACCCUAGCCUGGUCAUGCCACACCCGCUGUGCCAGAGCACCGCCAAGGGCUGGGUCAUGACGCUCUUUGACCGCAUGUUCCAGCCCAAGAUGUCCUUCAGCACUCUCAGCCCUGGCACUGAGAAGGUGAGUUCCAGUGGCCUCAGCCCAAGCUGA